AUGUAAAUUUUUCUAGAUCAUUAUUAAUGGAAUGAGAGACGACUAGAUCGAUGUUUAGAAUUUAUAUAAGAAAUAACCGAUUAUGAAUUCAUUCCAUCCUUUUUCAAGAAUUCAGUUUGUAGACUAGAUCAAUUGUCAGAUUACUUAUUAAAAUAUUAAAUCGAAACCCAAACAUAUGAGUUGAAAGAUUUGAUUAGUCGUCUAGGUGGAUUUGAAGACAAAUUAUUGUUUUCCAAAUUCUAAGAGAGGUACCUUCGUUAGCCAGGCAACAUUCAAAAAAAGGAAGCCGACAUUACCUUUUUAAGAUUAUUGUUCGAAGAAAUAAAAUUAGAAAGAUAAUUAGAUGAAUAAAGAAUUAAAGUACUCAAGAGAUGGGAUUAUAAUGCUUUAGUACUUUUUAAGAAGUUAUCAUUUGGAACAAACUUAGUGGACUUAUAAAAGCUGAAGAAAUUCUUUAUUAGGAUCAGAUAAACUGUAACGGAUGAAGAAAUAGAACUAUUAUUAAAGAGAAUCGGUAGAGGAGAUGCCAAUAUAAUGACAUAUGAGGAUUUUAGUUAAGCCAUUAAAACAUAAAGAUAGAGAUCAUCAGACAAAAUAGAGAUUCCUUUAAUGAAAAUAAGUACAAUCAUUAAAAGAGAACCUUAACAUUAAAGUUACAUGGAGAAAUUGAGAAGACGGUAUAAACCACUUUAAACAUAAUAAUCAGUUGUUAUUUAAAAAAUAGAAAAUAAAGGGUGUCACACUCCUAGAGCUAAAACACCCACGGCCACAACUCGAACUACUGAAACAAAGUAGGUUCGAACUAGAACGAGAACUCCAAAUUAAAAUACAGAACCUAGAUCUUUUACUAAUGAAUCUAAGGAACUUAAUACUUUAAUGUCUGUUUACUUAAAUUAGCAAAGGUGUUUGUAAAAUGUAAUGGCUUAAUUGGAAGAAGUAGUAGUUUUGAAAUCUUUAAUUUCGAAGAAUUGGCAUCAAGAAUGGUAAGAUUUGGGGGUUAAUUCGAAGAAUAUUUCGCAAGAGUUAUUUACAAAUGUUCUCACUUAUUAUGAUGAUAGACAACCAUUAUAAUAAGAGAUCAAAGUGACAGAUCUAUAAAGUUCAGUCUAGAUUGUUGCCAAUAAUUUGUUUGAAUUAUUAAGUGAAUAAGAACAGCAAUUGCAAAAAGCCAAAUUAUAAUUUUUGAGAGAGGGGAACCUAAGUUCUUUAGAUAGGUACUUCCAUAAAGGAUAUAUGGAUAACAUUCGACAACUAGAAGUGUGA